AUGCACCAUGGAGAUGAGGGGUGGUUAAGGAACCAGCCGGAUAACAUCCCUCCUGAUACUUUUGUUGCUGUCUAUGGAGGGGACAACAUCUACAAUAAUGAUGUGUCAUCAUUUAAUAGCCAAAUAGAAAAUGGAAAUUCUCAAAGAGAUGCAAUUGCAUUGAGUAUGAAUCAAGCUAUGCUGGGAAGGGGCUCCCCAAAAUUACUGAUGCAGCAAGCUGGAUCUAUGAAAAAGAAGAAGAGAGCAUCACCUAAAGCAGGUGGACAUGGACUCGAAAAAGCUUUGGUUGAGAUGCUCCAUGACCACAACAGUGAUUGCUAUAGGGGGCAAAAUGGAUGGACUACAGAUUUAUGGAAUAGAAUAGUGAAAUUAUUCCAUGCAAAGUUCAAGCAUGUCUCAUUUUCUAGGCAGCAGAUUCAAGACAAGGAGAAGGAACUUAAGAGGGAAUAUAGGAUGUUGAAAGAAGUGAGGAAGCAAAGUGGGGCAUCAUGGGACGAGAAGUUAAGCAUGAUUGUGGCCGAUGAGCCUACCUGGGACAACAUCAUCACGGUAAUUUCUUUAAAAAAUCCUUUACCUCCAAAUUAUGUUACUGUUGUUGCUGCUGUUAUGCAUGAUUGUGGCUGA